GCCGUAGCGACGCUCGUUGGAGUUUACACAAGCGAAGGGAGCAAAAUGGCGGACGAAGAUAUUACGCUUGAUGGAAAACCUCUACAAUCGCUCCGAGUCGCGGACUUGAAGACCGCUCUGGAGCAAAGAAACCUCCCGAAAAGCGGGCAGAAAAACACACUGAUAAAGCGACUAAAAGGGGCCCUGAUGCUGGAAAACCUGCAGAAGUCGUCCUCCUCUCACAGUGGGCUGCAGCCCAACUCUCAGAUAGGGGAGGAGAUGAGCCAGAAUAGCUUCAUAAAACAGUACCUGGCAAAGCAGCAGGAGCUCCUUCGACAGAGACUUGAGAGAGAGGCCCAGCAAGAGGAGGAUGCUGAUGAAAGCCCAGCAGUGCCGGAAGAGGAUGAAGACCAGUCGGAGGACAAUGAGAGCUCUUCCUAUCUCUCUGACAAGCAUCGUCCCAAAAUCUCCCAGCCCCCUGUGACCAGGACGGAGGAGAGGGGAGGAGGAGGAUCGAUGAUGGGUCAUGGGAUGAUGGCACAUGGGCUUGAUGUUGGCCCCGGUCCGACCCCCCACCGCCAAGAGUCUGCUGAGGCUCCAGGAGCUAGGAUGCAGCGAGCCACCUUUCAUCAAGGUCACAAGGAGCCACCGGCCCCCUCUCCUCCUCGUGCUGUAGCCUCCCUGUCAGUGCGUGUCCUGGGCCAGCCUGACCGCCAGGGGCUGCCCCCUGCCGUGUCCAGAGCCCAGGAGAAGGAGGGCACCGCACCCAGCGAGCCUGGCUCAGCCCACCCUGUCCUCCACCUCAGCCGAUCUGCCGGCGUCUUAUCAGGAGGUCGUGUCCACGAGGACAGUGAUGAAGAUGGCGACGGCGAUGAUGAGAGCGAGGAUGACGAGGAGUGGGGGCCUGGGCCUGGGCCUGGUGGGGCACGAAAAGGCAACAGAGUCCCUCCCCAGCCGCAGCAGAUGCCCCCUGGUGGCCCAUCGGCAGUUGCAAGAUCCAAACGCAAGCUUCAGCCUCCGCAGCACAUCCCACCACCACAGGUACUCGCGACCCCUAUGCAGCUGCGCCACCCCACUCCUCCUCCCUCUCCACCGCCGGACCUGUUCCCCCUCCCCGACACUCCUAAGCAGAGCCCUCCAGACGCAGACAACCAGGAGGGAGAAGACCCUGAAGCCUCACGUGGUCCAAGGGUGGCUGUCCCGCCUUCCAUCAUGCAGAGGCAAGAUUCUGAAUCCAGCUCUCGCUCUAGCAGUCCUGAGCCCCCUGUGAAGCGCAGGCCAGGGCCCCUUUCUCUGCUGGUACACAAGAUGGAAUCAGAGGGUGCUUUCCGUGCAGGCGAGACCGCCUCAGCUGUGACUAUGUCAGGAGAGACAGCACAGUCCAGCGCCGGGUCUGUCAUCUCUGUCGGAGCCGCCGGUCCCAGUGAGUCUCCACUGCAGAUAUUGGAGAGGAAGAGGCAACAAGAGAACAAAGAGAUGGAGGAAGAGAGGCGACUGGUGGAGAAGAGAGAGAGGGAACGGCAGAAAGAGCAGGAGGAAGAACGAAGGAAAGAGGAGAGAGAGAAGAAACGUUUGGAAGAAGAGAAGGAAAAGGAGAGGAAACGUCUCGAAGAGGAGGAGAGAAGAAAGAAAAGACAGCUGGAGGAGGAGCGGGAGAAGAGACAGCAGGCGGCUAACAAAGAAAGAAUGGUUGUAACCGAGGCCCAAGAUUCAGGCUCCUCAUCAGAUUCUGACUCCAAAUCAGAUUCCUCUUCACGCUCUUCACAAUCGUCUUCCUCUGCCGGGGAUAAACCCCGCCCUGCCAGGCAGCUGAAGAACGCUGACCAAGGACGAGAGGCAGAUGACGAGAAAAAGACUAAGCUGAGUAAAGGGGCGGAGAAAGAAUACCUCACAAAAAGGGAGGUGUCAGAGCCCAGCGCAGCCGCCGUGACCGAGGUGGAACCAGACCAGGAGAGCUCCAUGGCCCAGCAGCCGGCCUCCGGGGCUGAGCCAGACAACAACGAUGGUCGCCUGGAGGAGAGCACCACUCCUAAGGCUUUCGCUGCUCGCAAGAUAUCGUUGACCAGCAGCAAGACGUCUCCAGCCGCCACAGAAGGAGGAGCAGGAGAGCCCGAUACAGGGACCGCAGCAGGGAGGAAGAGGCGGUGGGGCUCCAGCACGGCAGUCACUGCUAAGAAACCAUCCAUCAGCAUCACUACCGACUCACUGAAGUCUUUGAUCCCAGACAUCAAAGUAAGCCAGGAGGCAGUGGUGGAGCUGCACCCAGAGGAGCUGCAACUGUCUGGGGAUGAGGAGAACCUGGACCCCAGCCGGGGCGACCAGGACAAGGGCCUCAAGAUCCGACGCACAGUCACACAGGUGGUGCCAGGCGACAGCCAGGAGAACGGACAGACAAAUGAAGAGGAGGAAGUGGAGAAAAUGGAGAGAGAAAAACAACGCAGGACUUCCAAAGACAAAAGGAAGAACAGUCUUUCAGAGGAAGCCUCAGAAACACAGACAUCUGUCAAGCUCGACGGAGAGGCGAAGAAAGUUACCCCCAGCGACAGUCUGGUACGUCGCUCAAUCAGUCAGCAGAAGUCCGGCGUGUCCGUCACCAUCGACGACCCCGUCCGCACAACCAGGCAGCCCUCGCCACCUCGUGGCAAAGUCUCAAAUAUCAUCCAUGUGACCAAUCUGGUACGACCCUUCACGCUGGGACAGCUCAAAGAGCUGCUGAACCAGACGGGCAGUGUGGUGGAAGAUGGCUUCUGGAUUGAUAAGAUCAAGUCUCACUGCUUCGUCACAUACGCUACAACAGAGGAGGCGGUGGCCACCAGAGCGGCCCUCCAUGGAGUGAAAUGGCCUCAGAGCAAUCCCAAGGUCCUCAGCGUGGACUUCUGUGAACAGGAUGAGCUUGACUUUCACAAAGGUAUCCUGAAGCCAGACAAGGAGGAGGACCACGUCCCCCAGCCAGGUGCUCCCCAGAACCGGCUACCCCCUCUCAUGCCCGAACGGGACAGAGACAGAGAGCGUGAGCGGGACAGAGUCGGAGACAGGGAGCGAGACCGGGAGCGAGAGCGAGGCGUGGUAGGAGUGCGCGAUCUGUGGGCGGAGCGCGAGAGAGAGAUGGAGCGCCGCGAACGCACCCGCGGAGAGCGGGAAUGGGACCGGGAUAAGGUCAGGGAAUUCGCAAGACCCGGUGAGGAAGACCGACGCUCUCGAUCCAGAGACAGAGAGCGGAGGAGGAGGGAGAGGGCCAAGAGCAAGGAGAGGAAGACUGAUAAGAAGGAGAAGGGAGAUGAACCUCCAGCGAAACUGCUAGACGACUUGUUCCUGAAGACCAAAGCAGCUCCGUGUAUAUACUGGCUUCCCCUCACCGAGGAGCAGGCUGCUCAGAGGGUUUUGGACCGCACAGAGCGGCAAAAGGAACGCGAGCGAAGGCGCAAGGAGCAGCAAGAAGAGGAGAAAAAGCGCGAAGAGGAGAAGAAGGAGAGGUUGAAGACCAGGGAGAAGGAAGGAGGAGUGACAGCGAGCGGCGGCGGAGGAGGAGGAGGAGGAGGAGCCGGGCGAGGAGCCGACGGAGACCGAGAGAGGGACCGCGGCCGAGACCGAGAGGGAGACAAGAGGAGGGACAGCGGCCACCGGCCCAGACGACCCUCGGCAGGCACUGGCAGCGGACGGCGGUCUCGUAGCCGUAGCAACCCCAGAGACAGACGCCGUUGAGGGGCCGAGCGGCCGUAGGGAAAGCUGCAGAGCGAAAGAAAGAGAGAGAGAGAGAGAGAGAGAGAGGGACGCUGUGUAGCGGAGGACACGGCAGACAGGAAGUCUCCACUCGGCGAUGCAUUUCUCACGCCUCACAGUCAGGACUUGUGUCUGCUCCUCGCUGCCCGCCCCACUGUGCUUUAAUUCGUCCACUUUGAUGCCAGCGUUGUCUUCCACACACUUCUGCCAUUUCUCCCCCCCCCCCUCGCCCGCUCCCGCCGCCUCUCAACACCACUGCGUCCAUGUCGAUUUACACAGAAAAUGUUAAUUAUUUUGUUAAUGACGGUUCAUCUAGCUUCAACCCUCCUCCUCCUCCUCCUCCUCCCCCCGACUCUCCUGUUCUCUCUCUGUCUUCCAGAAGUACCAUUCAGCCCCCUCUAGAGAGCAGCGUUCCUCCUCGUCUCUGUGCAAUCGCUGUUAAUUCUCCUCCGUUGAAGAAAAGAAGCAGAGAGGGCGGUGGUUUUUUUGGCUCGCCUCAGCAUUUUGUCCCACUGAGGUUUGGGAGCCCGCCUCUUUAUUUUAGUUCUGCGGGUGCACAGUUCCUUCCUCCUCAGAGCCCUGUAAUAAAACCAGUCCAAAAUAGAUCCCUGACCUUCAAAUAUUUUCUAGGAUCAGUUUUAGUGUUCCACUCUUCAGCACUAGGAAUUUUUUUAUAUACUACUAAAUUUACAGAUCAUCUCUGUCAAAGUGAGGAAAGUGAUUUUUUUUGUGUGUGUGUUUUUUUGUUGAAAUUUUACGAAUCAUGUUCAUUUUUUUUUUUUUUCCAGCCUUGGAGGGUGUUUGUUUGUGUGAGUUAAUAAACCUUCAUCCUCUCCUCUCGCACACAAAGGAUGCAACUGGUACCGAAGUCUCAACACUGUUAACCUAGAAAAAAAGCGUGCGAUAGGAAAGAGACGUGAUGUUACAUGUUGCGGCGAUGCGGGACACGUGCACAUGCCUGAGUUUGUCUUUAGCCAGAUGAGAA